UCUCCGGGCGCUUGGCUUGCGCGCUCGGGCUCGGCCAGCUCCGCUGAGCGAAGGUGAGGCUUUCUCAAAGGGGCGGUGGGCGGCGAUCGGGAGGAGAGGGAGGGGGCGAGACUCGGAAAGCCGCCGCUCCCAUCCCGAAGGGAAGGAAGGAAGGAAGGAAGGAAGGAAGGAAGGAAGGAAGGAAGGACCCACGGCGGCCCCCCAUCCCGAGUGGGGCGGCGCCACACGCGAGCCUAGUCCCAUGCCUGGAGUUCCGCAGGGCUCCCGCGCCCCCCGAAGGAAACGCUCUCGGAGCCUGAGAUAAAGCGACCCAAGAUGGUGACCUCGCUUCUGCUGCGCGCCUGGCUGGCGGCCUCGGCUUUCUGGUGGUCGCCCAGCGCCGGCUGCCCGGAGCCUUGCGCCUGCGUGGACAAAUACGCGCAACAGUUUGCCGACUGCGCUUACAAAGACCUGCAGACGGUGCCGUCGGGGCUGCCUUCCAACGUGACCACGCUGAGCCUCUCCGCCAACAAGAUCACGGCGCUGGCCCGGGGCACCUUCGCCGAAGUCACCCAAGUCACCUCGCUCUGGUUGGCCCAUAACCAGAUCCGCGCAGUGGAGGAAGGCACGCUGGCCGUGCUGGGCCUCCUGAAGAACCUCGACGUCAGCCACAACCAGAUCUCGGACUUCCCCUGGGCCGACCUGCGCAACCUCAGCGCCCUGCAGCUGCUGAAGAUGAAUAAUAACCGGAUGGCCCACCUGCCCGCCGGGGCCUUCAGCUCCCUGAGCGACUUGCGCUCCUUGCGCAUCAAUAAUAACUUCUUCAGCGGCCUGGCCGAGGGCACUUUCGACCCGCUGACCUCGCUCUCCCACCUGCAGAUCUACAACAACCCCUUCAACUGCACCUGCCAGCUCAUGUGGCUGAAGAACUGGACGGAGCACACCUUGAUCUCCAUCCCGGAGAGGGAGACCAUCACCUGCGCUGCGCCCGAGGCCUGGAAGGGCCAACCGCUGCUCAACGUGCCCUAUAUGCGCUGCGCCCCGCCCGCCGUGCGCCUCAGCUCCCAGCCGGACCUGCAGAGCCUGGCCUACGGCUCCUCGCUAGCUUUGCACUGCCACGCCGAGGGGCUCCCGCGGCCCGAGCUCACCUGGCGGAUCCAAGCCUCCGGCCAGACGUUGGAGAUCGCGGGCAGCGAGGCCGACCGGCUGAACGCGCUGCCUCCGGCGGCCGCGGGGGAGAGGCAGAGCUUCCGCGCCUUCCCCAACGGCACCUUGCUGCUCCCUCACCUGGGCAAGAAGGAGGAAGGCACCUACACCUGCGUGGCCGCCAACGAGGUGGGCAGCAACCAAAGCUCGCUCCGCGUGGCUCUGGCCGACGCCGCCCCCAAGGACAAGGACUCCGUCGGCAACCCCAAGACCGAAGCCAAGGCGCCGCCCGGCGAGCGCAAGGCGUCCAAGAACAGCGUGAUGAAGCCGGAGGAGAAGCGCAAGCUCCUCUGGCCUCCGGACUCAGACGCUGCGCGCGAUCCUGACACGCCCGGCGGUGGCGGCACGGAGGCCGAACCCAGCGAAUCCGACUCGGGGGCCGACGCGCCCUCUCGGCCGGCCGGCUUCGAGCCUCGCUGCGGCGGCGGGGUCGGCGGCGCAGGACCGAUCCAGCUGCCGCGCUACGUCUCCAACCACGCGUUCAACCAGAGCUCGGAGCUGAAGCCGCAGAGCUUCGAGCUGGGCGUCAUCGCGCUGGACGUGUCGGAGCGCGAAGCCAAGGUGCAGAUUACGCCUUUCUCCGGCCGGGAGAAGGGCCAGCUGCGCCGGCUCUACCUGUGCCAGGAGAGCCGUCGGGGGGCUCCGCCGACGCUGGUGCGGUGGUCGCAGAUCGAGGAAGGCCUGAACGCCUACUGGUUCCGAGGCCUCGUCCCGGGCACCAACUACUCGGUGUGCCUGAGUUUCGCGGGGGGCGAGGACUGCCAGGUGCAGGUGGUCUUCAGCACCAAGAAGGAGGUCCCUUCCCUGCUGAUCAUCGUGGUGGUCAGCGCCUUCCUGCUGGCUCUGGCCACCCUCCCGCUGUUGGGUGCCACCUGCUGCCACCUGCUCUCCAAGUACCAGGGCAAGACCUACCGCCUGAUCCUCCGGGCGCAGAACCCGGCCGACCAGAUGGAGAAGCACAUGGCAGCCGACUUCGACCCCCGGGCGUCUUACCUGGAGUCGGAGAAGAACUACCAGCCCAGCGAGGUGGGCCGGGGGGAGCUGGAAGAGGAGGAAGAUGACGAGGAGGAAGAGGAAGAAGAGGGGAGGGCCAGCGAGGGCGGGGGGCAGCUGGCCAGGGACCCCAGCUUGGCGGCUGGCUCCAUGGCGGAAUCCCAAUCCAAAGCCAACCAGGAGGAAUUCGAAGGGGGCUCCGAGUACAGCGACCGCCUCCCGCUCGGGGCCGAGGCCGUGAAUAUCUCCCAGGAGAUCAACGGCAACUACAAGCCUCCGCCUCGCUGAGCUGGCCCGGCGGGCUCCCCUCCCGAAACUCGGAGGCGCUCGCGCUUCCUCGCCGGACCCGCGGAUCCAUCGUUUUAUUGGGAAGGGUCUCCGCUUGGAACAAGGGCGGAGUAUUUCAGCCUAAAUUGGCUGUGGUUGGG